AUGAUUAUCAUCGGUUUACUAUUAUUCAGUUUAAUAUCAACACUUGUACAAGCAACAAAAAAUGAACAACAGAAUAAAUGUACAACAGAGAAGCGUUACAACGAAACAAAUCAAGAUGUUAAUACAUCAUUCUCAUCAAACAGUAAUAUUAGUGAUAAAAAUAGUAGUAGUUGUGGUAAUAAUAGCAGUAGUAGUCAGUGUAAAUUUACUGAAGGGUCAUCUGCACUUACUCCUAUUGUUUCAUUAAAUCCUUCCACAUAUGACCGUCUUGUUCGUGAUGCCCCUAAAGGUUUCAGGCUUCUAGUAUUAUGUGUUCGUGGAACUACUCAAGAUAAUCGAUUACGUGAUCAGUUUGACUUCAAAACUCGUCGAGUUUGUGGAAGUCAAAUUCAACGUGCUUGUCUUUCUAUGGAUCGAUAUUCUGGUUGGCUUGCAAAAUUACUUGAAUCUAUCAGAUCUAAUUUAACAAUACAUAUUCGUUCUAAUAAAACUAUGCAAAAGAAUAAGAAUGUGAAUGAUACUACUGAUGAUGAUAAUAAUAAUAGUGGAAUUUUAUUUAUUAAUCCAGUGAACUGUGUUGGAACAGUUAUCGCCAUCAAUGGUUAUCGUCGAUAUUUCAAUCUUUAUCAUCCUUUAAUUCCAGGUUCUCAAAGCAGUUCAGAUGAAAAUUCUGAAUCAAAUGAGGACGAAUCAUCAGUAGUUGGAAAACAAGGUAAACGCUUACGGCGUAGACAUAUAUUUGGUCGUGCAUUCGGUUUAGAAUCAGAUGAUGAAGAAGAUUUCAAUCAAUCUAAUAUUAAUAACAAUCAUUCACAUUUAAAGUCAAGACAUCAAAUAAAUGAUGGAGUAUUAUUUGAAAGUGAAUUAUUAGAUGGUUUAUCCAAUUGGUUAGAUCGUCUAUUUGAAGGUUCAUUACCUCGUCAUAAUGUUGCAGAAUGGCCAAUCGGUUUACUUGGAGAUGACAAUGAUGAUGAUGAUUAA